AUGUUUGCCCUUUCUGAGGAGUCCAAGGAGCGCAUUGGCAAGCUUAUUGAAGUUGCACGCGUUGCUAUUCACUAUGGCUAUCUGCCUAUGAUUCUCUAUCUCGGUAUGGUGACCUCAGGACCUUGUGCUCACGGCGCGUCCCUGCCUGUCGAGGCCAUCGCGGGCUUCAGUUCUGGCGUGCUGCAGACUUUCGUUGGCCACCCAUUUGACGUCGUCAAGACACGUUUACAGAUACACGAGCGCAAGGUCGGUCACGACGAGCCUCUGACCAGCAAGGGUGUUAUCAAACAGCUACAGCAUUCUGAACGCCCUUUUGCCGGCUUCUAUCGCGCCAUCACUCCUAACAUCCUCGGCAACUCGAUCAGUUGGGCUGCCUUUUUCGCACUCAAGGCAUACACGGAGAGGUCCAUCAUCUCUGCCAGAGCCCACUUCUCCUCGUCAUCAUCCGACGGCGCCUCAACCAGCAAGUACAGACUUGCUUGGUACGAUCACGGCUUGGCCUCGAUCGUUGCCGGAUUCGGAACACAGGCCGUCACCAACCCCAUCUGGGUGGUCAAGACGCGUAUGCUGGCGGCCGACCCAUCCGUCUCCCAGGGAUACCGAAGCACUUGGAACACCAUCUCGACAAUCCGCAAGGAGGGAUACAAGGGGUUCUACAGCGGUUUCUGGAUUAGUACGACGGGUGUUCUACAAGGCGGCAUCCAGUUCGCCAUCUACGACGAGCUGAAGAAGGUUUACCGCAACGGCGCCUUCGGCCCCGUCUACGCAAAGCAAGACGGCGGACGGGAUAUUGGCAUUCCGAUGGGCUGGACAGUGGCCUUCUCCGUGGCGGCAAAAGUCGCCUCGGUCACCGCUGUCUACCCGUACCAAGUCAUACGGAGCCGGCUUCAAGUGGAUGAUGCCGAGAGGAAGUUCGGCAAGGGCGUCAGGGGCGUGUCAGUCCAGCUGUACAAGGAAGCUGGUCUGAGGGGCUUCUGGAAAGGUCUCGUGCCUGCGGUGGGUAGGACCUUACCAGCAACAUGCGUGACCUUCCUGGUCUACGAGUGGCUCAAGCCACACUUGAGCCAGCGCUUCGACGCCGGCUCCGGCGGGCGCCGGGAGCCCUGAUGGCUCCUGGGCCCGGGAGGAAAAGGUUCGGGGGCUGGAUUUGGCUGUUGCGUUGCAUCUGGGGAGGGGGACCCCCCUCCCCUCCCCAUUUGCAUCAAAAUGAUACCCCAUGUUUGUAUAAUUAGAGACAAUUUGAGCUCGCAAGAGCCAGAGGGACGAGGGUCUCUCACCACAAUGGAACAAUAUAUUUAUCUGC